UAAGGAACGUAGAAAAGGUCAAGACUCAAGAGCCACAGAGAAAACAGUUUCAGCUUCCAACUUUAAAGGCUUCUUCAUAAUAAACUCUAUUUCCCUUUCUAUUCUCCGCACCCCAUUAUUAUUUGAUUUGAUUUUCUUCUUCUUUUUCUUUUUCUCAGCUAUUUUUUCAGGGGAAUUGUGCCAAAACUGGAACACUCGGGGUUAGUUCCUGUAUUUCUCUGUUCAAUUGCUACGAGUCUUUGUUUUUUUUUUUUGGUUCAUUUUUCUUAGCUUAUAUUUUCUUAGCAUCAAAUCAGAAAUCUUACUGACUUCAUGCUUUCUUUCCUCAUUACUGCUUUGGGGGGUGAGCAGUUGAACAUGAAUUUCAUUUUUUGUGUGGUUGUGGUCAAUUGAACAUGAAUUUCAUUACUGCUUUGGGUUGAAUUGGUUCUUUACAUGAUAUCAGAGCCUCGUGUCACGGGUUCGAACCUCACCGCCCCCACUUUCUUUCUAGUGGAAUUUCUUUCUUCGCACAGGUAGGUGAACUUGUGCAUUGUCCACCCUUCAAGCCCAGUGGGCUCUCGUGUGAGGGGAUGUGUUGAGAUAUAUAAAAUCAUCAAUUUUCUCAGUUGUGAGUUUUGUUCUGUUCAUUCAGCUCAAUUGACCUUAUUUCUCAGCUCACCAAUGUUGUUUGUUUCACCCAUACAUGGGUCCAGGUUUCUAUUUUUUUCAUGCUUGAUCGGAAUAUGAGUUUUGGUUUUUGAACAAAGCUGAGGUAAUGAAAUGGCGAAGGAAUUAUUGGUUAAUGCCUCACUCAUCCCAGCAUCUCAGUUGCUUUCCCAGACCAUCUUUGCUAUAUUUGAUACUGUCAAAGCGGCCAAUGAGGUUGCUAUUCAUAAGGAAAAUUUCAAGAAAUUCUCUAUUCACUUGGAAAAGAUCUCAUUUAUAUUGAAGUCUUUAUCAAAGGAAGGCAUGCACAAUCCUGAGAGCUUGGAAAAUGCUGUGAAUGUUCUCAACCGAGAGGUUAAAGUUGCUAAGCAGCUGGUUUUUGAGUGCAGCAGUAGAAGUAAGGUUUAUCUUUUAAUCAAUUCCAGAAGGAUUGUUACACGCUUGAAGUGUUGUGUGAAAGAUAUAAGUGGAGCAGUAAGCCUUAUCGCUCUGGCUUCUUUGGACAUUAACUCUGGUUUAAAUCAACUGAUAAGUGAGUUGUGCCAGAACAUGUUAGAUGCUGAGUACGAAACAGCUGCAGCCGAUGAAAAAAUCUUGGAAAAAAUUGAGAUAGCAAUACAAGAGGGAAAUGUUGAUCGAUCAUUUGCAAAUCAGUUGCUAGCUUGUAUUGCAGAUGCCAUUGGGGUCUCCAUAGAGCAUGCUUCUUUGAAGAGAGAAUUUGAAGAGCUGAAAAAUGAAAUGGAAAAAGCCAAGUCUAGGAAGGAUACGGGGGAAGCUCUACAUAUGGAGCAGAUUAUUGCAGUACUUGAAAAGGCUGAUUCCAUAACUUCAGCACAAGAGAAGGAAAAGAAGUAUCUUGAAAGGAGAAAUUCUUUAGGAAGGAGACCAUUGAUGCCUCUGCAAUCAUUUUACUGCCCAAUCUCUCUUGAUAUUAUGGUGGACCCUGUGGAGACUUCUACUGGCAAGACAUUUGAGAGAAGUGCAAUAGAGAAGUGGUUUGCUGAAGGGAACAAUCACUGUCCCUUGACUAUGUUGCCUCUGGAUACUUCAAUCCUAAGGCCCAACAAGACUCUUAAGCAGUCUAUUCAAGAAUGGAAAGACAGGAACACAAUCAUUACCAUUGCAAAUAUCAAAUCCAAACUUGAAACAAAUGAAGAAGAGGAAGUGCUCCAAUCCUUAGACAUAUUGCAGGACUUAUGCUUAGAAAGAGAGAUACACCGAGAAUGGUUAAAAAUGGAGAAUUACUUUGCUGUUCUUAUUGGACUUCUUGGUUCUAAAAAUCGUGAAAUAAGGAAGCGUGUUCUGCUCAUCCUGUCUGUGCUUGCACAUGAUAAUGCAGAGAGCAAGGAAGAUAUUGCUAAAGUGGAUAAUGCACUUGGAUCAAUUGUUCGCUCACUUUCACGUCAAAUUGGGGAAAGCAAGUUAGCAUUGGAGUUGCUGUUGGAGUUGUCUAAAAGUAAAACGGUGUGCAAUCUCGUAGGAAACAUUCAAGGAAGUAUACUUCUCCUGGUGACGAUGUUAAACAGUGAUGAUGUUGAAGCAGCCAAAAAUGCACAUGAGUUGCUGGAGAACCUCUCUUUCCUUGUGCAGAAUGUUAUACAGAUGGCAAAGGCAAAUUAUCUUAAGCCUUUACUGCUGAACCUUUCUACAGGACCAGAAAAUAUGAAGAUAGUCAUGACUGAAACUUUGUCGGAAAUUGAGUUGACCGACCAGAAGAAAAUUUUCUUGGUAAAAAAUGGGGUACUGCUGCCUCUUCUUCAGCUGCUCUUAAAUAAUGACGUGGAAAUCAAGAAAGUGGUUGUCAAAGCUCUACUACAGCUCUCAAGCUUACCAGAGAAUGGCCUGCAGAUGAUUAAGGAAGGUGUUGUUCAACCACUAUUGGAAUUGCUAUACAGUCAGAGUUUGCAGUCACCUACUCUGCUUGAACAGGUUGUUGCCACAAUAAUGCAUCUUGCCAUAUCAACCACUCACCCACAAGCUGAAGCAGAACAGGUUUCACUCUUAGGUUCUGAGGAAGACAUAUUCAAAUUCUUCUCUCUAAUUUCUUUGACGGAACCAGAGAUACAAAACAAGAUUCUCAAAGUUUUCCAUGCACUGUGUCAAUCUUUAUCUGGCUUCCCCAUCAGAAAGAAAUUGAGACAGAUCUCAGCUGCUAAAGUAUUGGUCCACUUGUUAGAGCUUAAUACCCGAACAGUGAGAGUAAAUGCCUUGAAGCUUUUCUAUUGUUUGACAGAAGACGGUGAUUACAGCAACUUCUCAUCAAAUAUAACUGAAAGAUUCAUUAAAGUAUUGCUUACCAUCAUUGAGGCUUCUGAUGAUGCAGAAGAGAUGCUUACUGCCAUGGGUAUCAUCUCUAAACUACCACAGGAGUCUCACAUAACCCAGUGGCUUCUAGAUUCUGGGGCAGUUCAAACUAUUUUGGCUAGUCUUACGGACCAACAUAAACAUGCCUCACACAAAAAUCAAGUUAUAGAGAACUCUGUUCAAGCUCUUUGUCGUUUUACUGUCUCAACAAAUCUGGAGUGGCAGAAGAGAGUAGCUGAAGAAGGCAUAAUCCCGGUGCUGGUGCAAUUACUGGUUUCUGGAACCCCUUUUUCCAAACAAAAUGCAGCCAUUUCAAUCAAGCAGUUUUCAGAAAGUUCAUAUCAGUUGAGCAAGGCAAUAAAGAAGCCGGGUAUUUUCAAAAGCUGCUUUAUAGCCCAUGAAACUGGUUGCCCAGCACACCUAGGCACCUGCACAGUUGAGUCUUCAUUCUGCAUUUUACAGGCUAAUGCUUUGGAGCCCCUUGUGCGGAUGCUAGCAGAGCAAGAUGUCGGAACAUGUGAAGCUUCCUUAGAUGCAUUAUUGACUUUGCUUAAUGGUGAAGCACUACAGAGUGGAAGUAAGGUACUUGCAGAUGCAAAUGCUAUUACACCAAUGAUAAAACUAUUGAGUCUUCCAGCUACCAGGUUGCAGGAAAAAACUCUAAUAGCUUUAGAACAAAUAUUUCAACUAGAUGAAGUGAAAAAUAAGUACAAAUCUAUGGCCACAAUGCCCUUGGUAGACAUAACUCAGAUGAAAGAUAGCCGUUUGAGAACUCUUGCUGCCAAAGGCCUUGCUCAAUUGGGUGUACUUGAUAAACAGUCUUCUUAUUUUUAGGAACUGUCUCACAAAUAUUUGGGUUCUUGUAUACUUUUAAGGCACAAGGUACAUGGAUGAAAGUAAAAAACAGAAAUUUCACACAAGCAACAUUGCUGUUUAAGGUUUAACUUUUUCCCUUUCUCUACUUUGCCAAUUUGGCUUUCACAAUUGUGCUAUCUACUCUAAAUCUCGGUUCAUUUGGUUUUGGGGGUGUUACUUCUCAGCAAGACAGCAAAUCUUGGGAAAUCAAUAUGUUGUUGGUCUACUCUUUCCCUUGUGGAAGAUGA